CUCAGUUUGGCUAUGGCGGGUAUAUCGUGUUUUGCCCACAUUUUGGUCCGGAGCGCGUCCUCUGGCGAGAAAGAGAGGAGCGAUAGGGAGGAAGAAAGAGGGACUAGGGAUUGAGAGAGAACUCCUCGCCUCACAGCGGCUAUGGCGGUCGACGACGCGUCUCCGCGAAUCGCAAGCGCUGCGGCAACAAUGCGGCAGCGGCGGCCGUGAGGUAGGCGGGCACACACACGAAAUCCAGCAAGAAGAUGCGAGAUUUCGCGCAGCAAGCUCGUGAUUACGCUCGCCAGGAUGGAGGUCCGACGAUAAUCCUUGGAAACGGCCGGGAUCUUGAGCGCUGGUGUGGAGUAGCAGUGAUUUGGAUGCUCGAGAGCUGUUCUUGGACGGCAUGAGCUGCCGCAUUGCCGCGUCCACUGGUGUCGGGACGUGAGGAGGCCGGCCGCGCGAGAGGUGAAUGCAGAUCCCUAGCGAGCUCCAAUCGCGCGUCUUUGCCGAGAUUUGGAUCCAUGAAGGUCGUCCCAGCCUCCGCCAUGCACCGCGGCAUCCAUUCUAUGCAGGCUGAGAGCGCGCUGUGCUACUGCGGCGUGGACGCUGGCCUCACCGUCACCAACGCCCGGCGAUUCGUGCCGGGGACGCGGCACUGCAUCCAGCCCGACGUCAAGCCGACAAUUGUGAUCCCAAAGGCGAGGACGAGGCACUCGAGGGGCGACCGGACCAAGAUCCCGUGCCAGCUUAUCCCGGGCCUCCCAGACGACCUCGCCAUCGCAUGCCUGGUAAGAGUUCCUCGCAUCCAUCACAGGACUCUCCGGGUGGUUUGCAAGAGGUGGUACAGGCUCCUCGCCGGCAACUUCUUCUACUCGCAGCGCAAGGCCCUGGGGAUGGCCGAGGAGUGGAUCUACGUGAUCAAACGCGACAGGGACGGGCACAUCUCCUGGCACGCAUUCGAUCCUCGCUACCAGCAGUGGCAGCCACUCCCGCCGGUCCCUCUCGAGUACUGCGAGGCGCUGGGCUUCGGCUGCGCGGUGCUCAGCGGCUGCCACCUUUACCUCUUCGGAGGCAAAGACCCGGCAAAAGGCUCCAUGAGGAGAGUCGUCUACUACAGCGCCCGGACCAACAAGUGGCACCGAGCCCCGGACAUGAACCGCCGCCGCCACUUCUUCGGCUGCUGCGUGAUCAACAACUGCCUCUACGUCGCGGGUGGCGAGUGCGAGGGCGUGCAGCGAUCGCUGCGCUCGGCCGAGGUCUACGACCCGAACAAGAACAGGUGGUCAUACAUUGCGGACAUGAGCACGGCGAUGGUUCCGUUCAUCGGGGUGGUGUACCACGGCCGGUGGUUUCUCAAGGGGCUGGGCUCGCACAGGCAGGUGAUGAGCGAGGUCUACGUCCCGGCCACGGACAACUGGUCGCCGGUGCUCGACGGGAUGGUGUCCGGGUGGAGGAACCCGAGCGCCAUCUUCAACGGGCAGCUCUACGCGCUCGACUGCCCCGAUGGUUGCAAGCUCCGGGUUUACGACGGCGCCGCUGAUUCCUGGCACCGCUCCGUGGACAGCCGGACUCACCUGGGGAACUCGCGGGCGCUGGAGGCGGCGGCGCUGCUGCCGCUGGGGGGGCGGCUGUGCAUCAUCCGCAACAACAUGAGCAUCACCAUGGUGGACGUGGCCAACUCCGAGGACGCGGCGCGGCGCGGCGCGCUCUGGGACACCAUCGCCGGCAAGGGGCUGUUCAAGACGUUCGUCACCAACUUGUGGUCCAACAUCGCGGGGAGGAACCGUCUCAAGAGCCACAUUGUCCAUUGCCAGGUUCUUCAAGCGUGACUAAACCCUUAUAUGCUCGAGCAUAUUCCUUUGCGAGAUAUGCUCGAGCAUAUGCUUAAGCAUAUUUGUUUUUUGCCUGGA